CUACUUUCAUCGCUCUACCUUGUCGUUACCUAGUUGGAGGUCCGAGUGCAGUAGUUUCUACCGAUUGUAUUUGUUUUUGCGUCAUAAGUCGUUUGUAGAUUUGGAAUCAUUUUAAUUGGAUUUUUUUUAAAAAGGGACUUUUAUUAGUGCAGCAAAACCCAACUAAUUUUUAUAGCGAAAGCCCGCUGAGACUGCGAUGAGGAGAGAGAGCUCAUUGUCACAGCCAGUGUAUUUUUGUUGAUGUCGGCGGCGGAGCUGGGGACUGUCGCGAAUUGACCAUUUGGCUAAAUAACCAGGGCGAGUGCAAAAGCUACAGGAUAUCAAAACAUGGGUCGGCAGUGUCACUUUAUUUUAGCAUUAAUCUUCUUUCCUGCGGUGUUGAGCUUGGAUUUCGGUGGAAGCAGGGUGUCGCGUAACACGCACUUUAAUGUGGAUGUAGUGGGUCAGAUCGGAUCCGCGGUGGAUUUUUCAGAUCAUCAUCAUAUCAGAAAAAGGAGAAGCGCAGAUGACGGGGGAGACACCUGUAAUGGUCUACAGGGAUACAAAAACAAAUUAUCCAACAACACUCACAGUACCACAUUUAAUGAUCUCAGUGGAUCAGUGUCUCUGGCCUGGAUAGGAGAUGGAACAGGGGUUGUGCUGGCCUUGACUACAUUUCAGGUGCCCAUUUUCUUGCUAAAAUUUGGCCAGUCCAAACUUUACAGAAGUGAGGACUAUGGAAAGACAUUCGAGGACAUCACAUCGCUUAUUAACAACACGUUUAUCAGUACUGAGUUUGGGAUUGCCAUUGGCCCUGAAAAUUCUGGGAAGGUGAUCCUUACAGGAGAUAUGUCUGAUAACGGUGGCUCCAGGAUUUUCCUGUCUACUGACUUCGGGGAGAGCUUUAGUCAGUCAGACCUGUCUUUCAACCCUCGCAUGCAGAUUAUUUAUAAUCCCCAAAAUUCCAAUGUCCUUGUGACCAUCAGUGUCAAGAACGAACUCUGGAUUUCAGAGGAUUUUGCUACGACGUGGAGUAAAAUCUACGAGAAUGUGUGUGUGGUGAAAUGGGGAGAAGACAACACACUCUUCUUCUCCACCAACCUGAAUGGAUCCUGCUAUGACCGAGGGACGCUUAUCGUGGUGAAAACAGUAAACUAUGGCAAGGCAUUUAAGACAGUCGCUGAAAAGGUCUACUCUUUUGGGAUUGGCGGCCGUUUCCUGUUCGCCUCAGUCAUGACUGGAACAGGAAUGAUGCGGAUGAUCCAUGUGUCCACAGACCAGGGCGAGGAGUGGAACAUGGCUCAGCUUCCUCCUGUUGGCCAUGAACAGUUCUACUCUAUACUGGCAGCCAACGAUGAAAUGGUCUUUAUGCAUGUAGAUGAACCUGGGGACACCGGCUUUGGCACCAUCUAUGUGUCUGACGACAGGGGCAUGGUGUACUCCAAAUCUCUGGAACGCCACCUCUACACGUCUACAGGAGGUGACAACGACUUCACGAAUGUCACGUCACUCAGAGGAGUGUUCAUAACCAGUGUACUCGCUGAAGACAACUCUGUGCAGACCGUGGUGACGUUCGAUCAGGGAGGAGAGUGGGUGCCCUUGAAGAAACCAGAAAACAGCAAGUGUGAUUCCACUGCUAAAGAUAAAAAUAAGUGUAGUCUUCAUAUCCAUGCUUCUUACAGUAUGUCCAUGAAGCUGAAUGUUCCAAUGCUGCCUCUGACUGAGCCUAAUGCUCUGGGACUGAUAAUUGCUCAUGGCAGCGUCGGCGAUGCCAUCUCGAUGCUGACUCCCGAUGUGUACGUGUCUGAUGAUGGUGGCUACACAUGGCUGCGUGCUCUUGAGGGCCCCCAUCACUACGCCAUCCUGGACUCAGGAGGUCUGCUGGUGGCUGUGGAACAGAACAAAGAACCAAUUUCUAAGCUCAAAUUUUCCACAGAUGAGGGCCAGUGCUGGCAUGAGUACAUCUUCACCAAGGAGCCAAUAUACUUCACUGGGCUCGCCUCAGAGCCGGGGGCUCACUCCAUGAACGUUAGCAUUUGGGGCUAUAGAGAUUACCUGCUAAGCCAGUACUGGGUCUCAGUCACCAUUGACUUCAAAGAGCUGCUCACUCGUGACUGUACUGAUAAUGACUAUGUGUCAUGGCUGGCACAUUCAGAUGACAUCAGUGAUCCUAACGAUGGCUGCAUGCUGGGUUACAAGGAGCGUUUUCUGCGGCUCAAGAAGGACUCUGUGUGUGCGAAUGGACGUGAUUACAUCGUCACCAAGCAGCCCACACCUUGUCCUUGCACACUAGAUGACUUCCUUUGUGACUUUGGAUAUUACCGUAAAGAAAACAGCUCAGAGUGUUUGGAGCAGGCUGAGCUCAAAGGCCAUGACUUGGAGUACUGCAUCCAUGGCAAGAAGGAACACCUACAGACCAAUGGAUAUCGGAAGAUUCCAGGAGACAAGUGUGAGGGUGGAGUGAACCCUGAACGAAAAGAGAUUGAUAUGAGAAAAAAGUGCGUCAGCGAUCUUCUGGAUCCACAACUGCAGACUCAGGAAGCAGAGAAACCCAAACACUCUGCCCUUAUUAUCGUGGUGGUCAUCGCGGUCCUGCUGAUCAGUUGCAUAGCUGGAGUUGUUUUUGUGAAGAAGUAUGUCUGUGGUGGAAGAUUCCUGGUGCACAGGUACUCGGUCCUGCAGCACAAUGCCGAGGCUAGUGGCAUAGAGGGAGUGGAUGAGCCUUUGGACACAAACGUGGUAGGAAACUCGAAAACCAGCUUCCACGAGGACUCGGAUGAGGACCUUCUGGAAUAACAGCAGUGAGUCAGCGCCAGCAGAAACCGAGAGCUCUCAGUCUCCUUUAAUGCCUGGGGCAUCUUUGCUGCUGUUUCUAUUCCUGCUCUAAAGCACAACCCAGCCUCGAGUGUCUUCAGACCUCGAAUAACUCCGCUCUAGUUCCUGCUUCUUUAGUAGGAGUGAAUUGCAGUUUUGAUCUAAAAGCAUCUUGUGAAUUUAGCUGUGCAGCCAGUGGAUAAAUGACUUGAGCUUAGACGAUAUCUUGCCUAGGGAGCAGGCUCUAUAGGAGGACACUAUUUCAGAAUUAACAGUGGGUUACUUGUCAUGGCGCUUAACUCUUCUACACAAUACUUUACCUUCUUUAGUAAUAUAUGCAGUGCAGAAUCGGUGUGACUGUGUGUCACGUAUGAAGACAGUCCAGGGUUAACAGUGAAUCUCAUCACCUCAAUGUUUGACAGAAGCAUGACUGUAAUAGAUAUAUUUUUGAUAUUAGAUGUAUCUCCCUAACUCUAUCAUUUGAAAGUAUAAUCCUGUCAACUGAAUUUCAUUUAUCAGAAAGCAAUACCGUACAUCGAUACAGCGAAUCUGCAUGUAUCAGCAUACUCAUAGGCCAUACUUUUCUCAGUUUCUCAAAAAUGGAGAAAGAACUAUUUAGUUUACUUAAAAUAAUGCUACUGUGUAGACGGUUAUUAUAAUACUCCUUGUGGCUGUAUAGAUUAUAGACCGUCAUUUAGAAGGUUAACUUAUUUUACCCAUCGGAAGGGGAACUUUUAAACAUGGAAACGUGUAAAGAAAGGUUGUGGUUGUAUCUGUAAGUAUACUGUAUAUGUCCUGAGAUAAAUUUGUAGUUGACUGUUAGUUUUAUAGAUGACGAUAGUUUUCUGACAUUUUUGUGAUGCUCAGCAGUUUUUGCACUGUGAAAUAUAAAACCGUAACACAAGGCCCGACGGCCGCUUUUGUAAAACGCCCGGUUACGAGCACAAACGUGACUUUUUCCAAAGCCCUACUUACAGACAGAUGGCAGUCAUAAAACAUUUUAAAUAUCCAAUCAGGGUAAAUGUGAAGGAAACUCAGUUACACUUCAAAGUAGCACAAAUAUAACGUCUUAUUUUUCCACGUUUUGGUUCAUAUGCUCAGGUGAAAUGACCAGUAAUUCCAGUAAAUAAGUUGAGCAAUAUCUUGUCAUGAUUAGCUGAUCGUGAGACGCGAGAUCUUUGAGUAAAGACCAGCGUCAUUGUGUUUUGGAACGAAGAAUGAUUUCCCCCUCCUCUAAGCAUCCCAGGCUAAAGCUUUCACAGUUUGUGUAAGUUUGACUAUUCAAAUCAGUAGAACAUGUGACGCUUUUCGAGAUCUAGUUUCCUCAGUGUUUGUCUGGUAGAUUUUAGCUUCUUAUGAGAUCCUCGGUGUAACAAUCACCUGGCUGUUUUUAGUGACAAUAUGAAACCUUGGCAGAAAUCCUCUGUGAAGUAAUGCAUUGUAGGUUAGUUCUUCAUUUUAGUAUUAAAAAAAAAAAAAAAUCUAAGAUAACUACAAUAUCUUCUCAUAUAUAACAGUUUAUUCUUAGUUACACAGAUUUUUAUUAAAUGAAGUAAUAAUGGUGUGUAUGUUCAUUCAAGUGCCUAACGUGAAGGUAUGUGUGCCUUCAGGAAGAACUAUUAAGCCCGUUUUGUUAAAGAAUUAACACUAAGGAGGCAGAUUGUUGUAUCUUUUAAUAAUUUACUUGGAAGUCAGAGGUCAUGAUGAGGAACUGAUUGUGUCACUUUCAGUGUGGGUCAUGUGUGACAGCUGAAUUCUCAUGAUGUUUGAUCGGUUACAAACUGGGGUUUAACAGUGACUUUUGGAAAAGAAUAUAUAUACACCUUUUCUCUUCUGUGUUUUAGGUUUCAAUGUAACCGCGUACUUCUAUGCAUGCUAUAUUUGCAAUUAGGUCACAACACACUCACGUGGUGUUUGGGGUUAAAAGCUUGAAUCGGCGGCUGCAGCACAAAGACUACAUGAGUUUCCUACUUGAAGUAAAGCUGUUUUGCUUUGUGGGUUGUAAUAAUUUUCUUGCCUUUGAUAAUCAGUGUAAAUAACAUGAAGUUGGCUUUGUAAAUAUAAAACUGCUUUACCUUUGUAUCGGCCAUUUUUGCUCUGUAUAUUAUGAAAUAAAUAGAUACCACCUGUUU